AAAAAGACAAAGAAGAAGAAACAUAUGAAACACAGAGGCAAGUAGUGAAGAAUAAACUGAGGGAGGUUGGGAUGCUUCUUUUUCAUCCCUUCUUUUAAGGUCAGCAAGGAUUUUAAGCAGGAUUUGAUAUGUGAUGUGUGUGUGGUUAAUGUGAGGGGACAAUGUGAUUAAUAUGCAAGUUUUUGUAGGAAAAGGGAAUAGAUAACCUAUUAUCUGAUCCACUCUCCGCAACAGAAGGGGGCGGUAAUCCACCAAUAAACUGGAUGCCAACCACCAUUAAACUCGAAAGAAGAAGAAGGCUGUCCUGUGUUUGUUGUGAUUCAGCUCAAGAAAGAAAAAUCUCCCAUUAUAGAGAUGGCGUUUAUUAAAGAGGAGAGUGAAGAGUGGAGGAUUGAAGAAGUGUUCAGUCUGAAAGAAGAAGAAACUGAGAAACAAACAGCAGGAGGUGCUGUGAGAGCGGCAGAACUAGUGGUUUCUCCAGUAACGGCUGUAAUCAAAGCAGCUCUGCUUGUGAACGAUUCUUUAUCAGAGCUGAUGGCACUGAAAGGAGAGAGAAGGGGAAGAGAGAGUUUAUGAUUUAAAAACUGGAAAAGAAUCUUUUAAAAGUUCACAGACCAAUAAGGCUUCCGCACGAAAAAGAGCUCAAAAGACAGGAACGUUUUUUACAUGCUUUCAGUGUGGAAAGGGUUUCAAACAACAUGGCAAACUUAAAGAACACAUGAAAGUUCACAGGCAAGUUCACACCGACAAGAAACCAUACACAUGCCCUGAGUGUAAAAAGAGUUACUCCCAUAAAGGAACGCUUAAAGGCCACAUGAGAAUUCACACCGGAGAGUGGCCUUACUCCUGCAAAUUGUGUGGAAAAUGCUGUGCUACAAAGCAAAGCUUUAAAUAUCACAUGAACAUUCACACGGGAGAGAAGCCGUUCAAAUGUGAUCAGUGUAAAAAGAGUUUUGCACGUAAAGGAAGCCUUACUUCGCACAAGAGGAUUCAUUCAAAAGAGAACCGUUUUACAUGUCAUCGGUGUGGAAUGCGUUUGCCUAGCAUGAAACGCCUCAACAGACAUGUAGUAAUUCAUCCCGGAGAGAAACCUUUCAAAUGCCCGCAGUGUGAAAGGAGUUUCAGAUUCAAUAACUACCUUAAGAUUCACAUGAGAAUGCACACUGGAGAGAAGCCCUUCACGUGUCAUCUCUGUGGAAAUGGUUUUAGUCGUAAAGCAAGCCUACAGACUCACAUGAGAAUUCACACUGGAGAGAAGCCUUACACUUGCCCUCAGUGUGGAAAGAAUUUUGCAUAUAAAGAAUCCUUUGGUUGCCACAUGAGAACUCACACUGGAGAAACCCCCUUCAGCUGCAAAUUGUGUGGGAAGAGCUUCUCGCAUAAAGGAAAUCUUAGCCAUCACAUGAUAAUUCACACUGGAUAUAAGCCUUUUAAAUGUGAUCAGUGUGGAAAGAGUUUCAGACACAAAGGAUCGUUUGAUUACCACUUAAGGUCUCACUUAAGAGCAAACUCUUUUACAUGCCAUCAAUGUAGAAAGAAUUUCGACAACAGAAAAGAUCUUAAGAAGCAUAUACUAACUCACACCGGAGAGACACCUUUCAUGUGCCAUAACUGUGGAAAGAGUUUCACACUUAAAGGAAGCCUGAAGACUCACUUAAAAAUUCACACUGGAGAGAAGCCUUUCACUUGCCAUUACUGUAGCAAGACUUUCAGAUUUAAAGGGAACCUCCAGACUCACACGAGACUUCACACUGGAGAGCGGCCUUUCACCUGCCUCAAGUGUGAGAUGUGUUUUACAUACCAAAGAGACCUGAAACGUCAUCUGCAAAGUCAUCCUGGAGAGAAUCUGCAGAGUUCUACGCGUGACAAGAGGUUGAGAAAAAGGAACAAUUUCAAAAAUCCCCUGCCCAUUUCAUUGGGAGGAACGCGAUUCAAUUGCGAUCAGUGUGAUAAAAAAUUUAUUUUACCAUCACACUUAAAGUUAUACCUGAAAAGUCAUGUGGAUGUGAGACGUUAUUGGUGUUCUUCAUGUGGGAAAAGAUUCAAAUGGCUUGGUAAUUUAAAAUGGCACCAGAAAUUACGUAUCUGUGUCAAAUUAAGGCUACGUUCACGCAACACCUGAAUGUGGGCCAAACAUGAACUUCUGACGUCAAAACGUCAAAAUUGCAUUAUUUGACUGAACUUUAGUAAGAGAAUGCACUGUUUAACGUCUUCUCAAAGACCAUAUGCAUAUGGCUUAAAGUUAGAGCUCUUUUGAUGACACCUGCAAGCUGGUUCCAGUCGAACUGCUCCUACUAAAAUGCUUUAACCCAAUGAUUUUCAAACAUUUCCGUGAAUUAUCCCCAGCAAUGUACAUAUUUUAUGUCUCCCUAUAUCUGACACACCCACUUCAGGUCUUGCAGUCUCCACUAAUGAGCGGAUGAGUUGAAUUGAAUUAUGAGUUGAAUUAUUUCGAAGCUUUUGACACAGUGCUUUACUCCGCAAUCUGGUGGUCAAUAAAAAAUGUACUUAAACCAACUGUAUCAUUUAGAUGUUUUGUAAAUACAAUACAUUUUGAAAACUAUGUUCUUCGUUUUUACUUGCAUCAACCUUCUAAAUAGAAUGUUUAAUACGCAAUAAAUAAAUAUUAUUAUUAACCAUUGCACCAUUUUUGUGUCUUCCUUACAAAAGAUCACAAACAGCCACAUUGUUAAAAAACAUGAAUGCUAUAGUUGCAUUUGUAUGUAUAUUUUUCUCACCAGUGUGAGCUGUUGUCACUUGUCCACUGCUGCACCAACUCCCACUGUCAUUUGGAUUUUUUGUAGUAAUAAAAAUAAGUUGGUUCAGUAAAAGAACAGAGACUACAAUUUAAAAACAACACAGCUGCUCAAUGCAGCAUGCCAGAUGACAGUCGCAUCACUGAUAAGAUUUAAUUUAUCCAGUGAGAAGUGAGUCGAGCUGAUUGAAAGAAGAGUGGGGUGAGACAGUCAAGAUGCAAAAAGCACCUGUUUGGCAAUAAUUUGGAUUUUGAAAAGUCUGUUGGCAUUUGCCGCUUAUCUAAGGUGAUUACAAAAAAAAAAAAUUAUAUUUUUUUAUUUGAUUGGUUCCACAUUGUUUGCUGAUUUUAACUUUAC